ACCUUACGACAACUGCGCUUUUUUUUCUUGUUUGCGGCGGCAAAGCCAUUCCGAAAAGCACAUGGUGAGCAGCUCGCCAGUUUGAAAUUUGGUGUUGGAGGCUGCUAGCAAAUGUUUCUUUUCAAGUUCCAUUAGAAAAAACAAACAAAUAAAUGAAGAGGUGCAGCAGGGAAGCGAGUGCGCUGGUUUUCUUCUGACGAGGGACACGCUUAUUUGAAUAGAGUCGACUGGUAUCUGGUUACAGGCAUUCUACUUCUGUUUUUGGGCAAUCGCCCUUAAGUACAACGCGUGGUUUUCUAAAAACAGAGUUGUGCUUGGCUGUUCACCCAUGGAAAGUAUAUGUUUUGGUUAUUCUGGUACUGGUGCAAAAUAAUGACAUGCUCAAUGUCAGUUAAUCCGACACAUGUCUUGGCUAAUUUUAUAUUUUCUGAUAUACCUCGCUACUUGCGCUACCAUUAUUUGCGGCGUUUAUUCUUAGAGUCUUCCUUGACAUUGGGAGAAAUAAGAAAGUGCGUCCAAAAGAUUGGGCACAACGGGCCGCCCUGUUAUUAUGAUUUUAUUUUUAUUUUGCGCAAAAAGAAAAAGCAAAAGCAAACUAACUGAUUU